GAAUGUUUUUGGAAAAACAUACAUGACACAUAUGUAGAAAAAGUGAAAAUUGCAACAAAUGUGAAGACAACAUUUAGAGAGUAUAUUGAGAUUAUACUUGAUGAGGAGGAUCUUGGAAUUAAAGAAGCAGAAAAGGUUCUAGAUCAGAAAAUAUUUGAUAAAAUGCAAUUUGUUUUUUUACAACUCACAAGUGCCAAGAUUCAUAAACUAGCUGAGUUGGAUCCUUCAAGGGCCAAACAACCAGAUAUGAUUGGCACUAUUGUCAAUAAUAACAAAUCGCAAUUUGAAACAAUGUUUGGAGAAAUAACUGGUGAAGGAAAAAAUAACAAUAUGAAAAAAAAUAACCUUGAUAUUAUAAGACUAGGAGUUUUUAUGAAAGAUGCUCUUGACAUAAAUAUUAAAAAGACAAACAAGGAUUGCAUGCUUUUUGGAUGGCAAAUUAUUG